CGGCAGGCACCGGGCCAUCAGGCACGACAGCGGGCAUUGGGUCACCAGGCAUCAGGUCAUUUGGCUCGCCAGCGGGCACCGCGUCAUCUGGCAAGGCAGUGGGGCACCGAGUCACCAGGCACGACAGUGGGCUCCGAGUCAACUGGCAUGACCGCGGGCACGGGGUCAGACAUUGGAUCGUCUGGCUCGACAGCGGGCAUCGGGUCACCAGGCAUCAGGUCAUUUGGCUCGCCAGCGGGCACCGCGUCAUCUGGCAAGGCAGUGGGCACUGAGUCACCGGGCACGACAGUGGGCUCCGAGUCAACUGGCAUGACCGCGGGCACGGGGUCAGACAUUGGAUCGUCUGGCUCGACAGUGGGCAUCGGGUCACCAGGCAUGACAGCGGGCACUGGGUCAUCAGGCAUUGGAUUGUCAGGCUGGAUCAGCUGGGUAGAGACAUCAGGCUGAAGUGCGGGUGCCGAGGCACCAGGCUGAACCACGGAAGGCAGGUUCUCAGACGGCAGGCUCACCGGUUUGGAUACUGGCAGGAUGGUACUGGUUGGAAAG